UACGGCAUCUAUCGUGUUCAUGCUGCUCGGCAUUAUCUACAGUUACAAUUUGCUAGAUGGAGUGUUAAAUACGUAGGCGAACUCAUAAAGCCAGUCCCUGGGCAUAUGAGCAGGUUCGAGGAGGUUUGUACAUCUGCAUCUUUGUGCAAUCAUGAUGAGAAAUUCACUUCAAAGAAGGAUGUGGAGAAAACAUUACGUACAUGUCUUCAUAGAUGUAUGGAAUCGGUCAAAGUUCGAGCAGCCAUAAAACAAGCAGAUCCAGAAUUUUUCAAUUCACUUGUGGCUACGUUAAUGGGUGUUUGA